AUGCGCGCCUGCGUAUGGAAAAAGGCGACGAGUUUCACCCAUGAGAGAAACCCGAGAAACCCAAUAACGCUCAGGAAUCGGGAUUAUUUCACAUUUCUGCACAACCGAUGAGUAAAUGUUCAUACUUCCGGAUCUCCAAUGGAGGAUCACAUGCAGUGCACGAUCUGCUUGGACCAGUUUAAAUUCCCAGUGACCAUCCCAUGCGGUCACACCUUCUGCAAGACAUGCAUUUCCAAAUUCUGGGAUGGUCGAGAAAAAGACUUCCAAUGCCCCGUUUGCAAAGAAUGCUACGAGACGAGGCCUCAGCUCAACCGUAAUGUGUCCAUGUCAGUGUUAACAGAAGUGGCCUGCACAGUUAGUCCAGUGAAGAGUGAUGUUUGCAGGGGGGCCGCCUUCCAAACGGAGCCCGAACAGAUCUGUGAGCGGCACCAGAAACCUCUGGUCAUUUACUGCAGGAACGACGGCAUGUGUGUCUGCUACGAGUGCUCGCUAAAUGAAUGCAAAGGCCACGAUAAGAUCUUGGUGGAAACAGAACAGAGGAAUAGAGAGGCAGGAUUAAAGAAAAAGAGUGCGGAAAUCAAGAAACACCAGGAAGCCACUGAGCAAAACCGCCUGGAGCUGAUGGAGAACCUGGAGAAAGAGAAGGUGUCUCUUCAACAAACGUCUCAGUGGGUGAACAGUAAGUUCUCUCAGCUGAUAAAGGUGUUGGCAGAGAAACAGGAAGUGACGCAGUUGUUUCUGGAGCAGCAGCAGGAACUGACAGUGUUGCAGGCUGAGGAAAGCCUGUCUGUGCUGGAGGAGAGAACGACACGGCUCUCAGCCCUGCAGGAGGAGAUCGACAGCCUGUGUUUACUGCCUCCCUGCCAGCUCAUCAAGGACUCAAGGUUCAUGGAGGUUCCUCGGUUCGCUGAAGUUCCUGUGGAUGUUCAUGCGGGCGUGCAGGAGAAGCUGGCGCCGGUCACUGAUGUCCUGUCCCGAGUGUCCAAACUGGUGUGUGAGGAUCUGGAGAGAGCCGUACAGCUGUCUACGGGACACCAGAAAGACAACUCUCCUCAAGACAAGCGUCCAGUCCUGGCUGUGGUUCCCAGUCCUGCAACGCCCUCAUAUCCCGCAGAGAGAGAAGGACUGAACGCAUACCACUGCGCCCUGACCUUUGACCCCCGCACAGCCAACGCUCACCUGCGCCUCUCCCAGAGCAACAGGAGGGCGGAGCAUCUGGUCUCAGGACCCCGCCCUGUCCCAGCCGACGAGUCCCGCUUCGACCACACCUGGCAGGUGUUGUGUUUCCAAGGCUUCACCAGCGGUCAGCAUUACUGGGAGCUGGAGGUCUCCAAACCGUGGGCGUACAUAGGCGUGACGUAUCCCAACAUCCCGCGCAAGCAGAAGGGCAAGCGCUGUAUGGUGGGCAUGAACGAUCUGUCCUGGAGCCUGCAGCUGGAUGAGCGGCAGAUGAGCGCCUGGCACGCUGGAUGCAAAGAAACGGUGGCGGGACAGCUGGAUAACACACAUCCACUGCGCAUCGGCCUGCUGCUGGAUUAUGAGGCAGGAACGCUGACGUAUUACGGCGAGGGACAGGUCCGACUGCACGCUUUCCACUGCGUCUUUAAUCAGGCGCUGUUUCCGGCCUGCUGGAUUGGGGAGGGGGUCACUGUAACGCUCUGUGAACCGCGACCAUGAUGCUGUUAAUCACUACGUUUACAGAGACACUGGAGCGUUUUAAAGCCGUGAUUCAUCAGCGGAUCCCUCGUAUGUCAGCUUAUAAACAAACCAGCUGAUCAGCGUGACUUUGAAAUGCUUCAGAGUCGCUGUAUCUUUGUUACACUGAGUAAACAGCAGUGUGUUGAACUGAUGACCCUUACGGUCAAUCACAGUCAUUUCUGUUGAGCAUGUGAACACAAUAGCCAAUCAGAGCUGUUUAAGAACACGCUCAACAGCGCUCAAAUGUUAACAGGAAAUGAACGUUAUUAAAAUUUAAGUAUUGAUUAG